CUCGUGCCAGUUUUUCGUCUUCGCCGUUGUGAGGCAAUCGGCCAGCGGAUGCAAUUCAACAUGGAACUCGGGUUGAAGAGGCAAUCUGAGCCAGGUCUGAGGACCCGACAAGUGAAGGCUAGUCUGACCCAUCUGAAGAGCGCUCGUCUGGCGCUGGGUCGGCCUCCUCCCCUCGCUGAGGCCCAGCCCGAGACGUGUUCCACGCCCCCCACAAAGGGCGCCAAAGCAGAAACGUCUAAAUCUGAAAAGGCGCGCGCAGCGUGGAGCAGAUCCACCAAAUACUCCCUCCCUGCCGCGCGCGAAAGCCCGCGGCUGCGAGCGCUGAGAUGCAAGGCGCUUCGGGAGGCUCCCGCGAGUCGAGGACCUGAGUCAGCAGGCCUGGCUCAGCCGCUCAGCCAGAGCCGAGCAUCCGUGUCGGAUGACCUUCGAGGCUGGUCCCUGCCCUCGGGCCCCCGUCAGGGGCGCCCGAGCGGGGGGCGCCCAAGCGGGUUGCUCGCAGAUCAUGGCUCGAGGCACGUGGGCGGGGAAGGGCUGUCCAGGGGAGGUACUGAUCGGCGAGCAGCCCCGAAGUGUCGAUCGGCGACGUGGCAAUGGCGCCGCCGCGGUGUCCUCCGCGGACCCAGGGUCUGUCAGAGCACGACUCAGGAUGAAGAACUGGUCCUGGGGAAGGCCGAGGAGGAGGAGGAGGAGGGGGAGGAGUUCUGGGGACGGCGCCGGGCUCUUUUCUGCCGGCGCGGAGCGCAGCGCCAGGGCGCGCAGCGCUCGCGGGCAGCAGCGCGCAGGCUGCUCACCGGCGGCCCCGCCUCGGCCAGGGGAAGAACCUUUCUCCUCCAUGUCGACGAUGUUGCGAUGGACUCGCGCAGGUUGAUCAGCCCGGACGGCAACAACACCUCCUCGCCGUACAUGUACUUGGUGCUUCGCCAGAAAGCGCCGUCCGGCAGCGUGGCGCGGAGCCUCCUUGCGGUACUCCCUCGCAUACCUGCGCUCGGCCAAGUACAGGCGACCUCAUGAACGGCACCAGGGUGGGGCGCAGGCGCGGGCGAUCGAGGAGCAUGAAGCGGUGGAAGGGGUCCUGCACGCCCGGGAAGAUGCCCGCGUUCAGGUCGUCGAGCAUGAUGACGCCGCCGGGCGCCAGCGCGCACGCGGCGACCCGCAGGUCGUGCAGCGUGGCCU